AUGCACAAUUUUGAGGAGGUAAAGGGUGGUCUCAGAAUCCUUUCCAAGCUCCUUGUUUGUAUAGGCGACUUGUUGGAUCAUGCCCCUGGAUAUAAACAUGGCAAAAUUCCAUUGGUCCAUCCAACCUUUGAAAUUAUUGAUAAAACCUGUCAUCCUGUGGAAUUUGUGAGUGAUCCGAUUCCGUUCUCAAGAGGUCUCAACGAUAUUUGUCGAGUCACUAAAGAUUUACAGCAAAUGCUCGACCAAAUUCGAUAUGAGGGAAGCGAAAACAACAUUAUAGACAAUUACUUUGUUCAACGAGGUUUGAAGUUAGUCAAUGGACACAAGGGAAAUGUGAAUCAGGGUUUACAAAUUACCUAUUCUUUCCCAUUUCACAAGGCUAUGUUUUCAUUGAGAGCUCUUUCUAGUUUCUUUACUGCAAGACAGGCAGAGAAAGCAAAAUGGGUCAUCGAUAUUGAUCAUGUCCUGUUCAGUCAUCUUAUCACAUUCAUCGAUAAUGACCAAGACUUGCGGAAUUAUCCUGAACAUGUCAAAUUCUUCCUCUUUGUCAUGCUUCAAAAUUUCUCAUAUGGAUCUCUCCUAAAAUGUAGGAUUGGACGUUAUGCGAAACUCAUUGCAGGAUUAAUUCUUCUUCGUACAAACAUGUAUGAAUUUGUGAAUCAUGGAGGUCAACAAUCGGUGCGUCACUUGUUGCGAGAUCCACUGAACACAGUUGUAGAAGCUUUUGAUCGUUUCAGAGAUUACUUUAAUCCUAUUAGAGGAAACAUACCUUCACUCGAAGAAUGUGUUACUCAUCCUACAUGCGUUGGACAAUGCUUUAGACAAUCUAAAACGUAUUACUUUGCCAAAACCUAUGAUUUGUCCAAAAAAUUUCCUUUUUCAGCCAAUGAAUACUUCCAAAACUUGUUUAGAAAUAAUGGAAAAGAUUUAUUCUCCACUCAUGGAGAAGAUUUCGAUCAUGCAUUUGGAAGAUUUGGCCUUAACGUGGAUGGUCAAGCGACUGUCAUUUAUGAGCUUCGUAUGUUGCAUGGUUUCUAUUAUGACGGUUCUCCUCAAACUGCCACUGUUUUGCACAGCAGAAUUCCAACAUUCUUCCAUUUAGGAAAUGAAAUUAUGAAUCACAAUAGUUUACAAAACAUUAAUGUUGGAGUAAAUAUGUGCGACCAUCAACAUCGAUUGGUCCCAUUGCAAGAUCCUCAGCCAGAACCACCAACUCGACCACAGCAGCAACACCUUCCAGCUCCUCAACAACAAAGUAUUCACAACAUGAGAGAAGAGAGAAGAAACGUAAAUGAUGCAAUUAGAGAUCAAAGGAGAAAUUCAAUGCCAAAUUUGGGAGAAGCUCCAAAGAAUACAACACCAACCACAUACAAGGAAGCUAAGGUAACUGUUCUUUCUAAUGAGGAGCCCAAUAACAUUAGUAUUUUGAGAGAAGCAAGAAGAAAAGUUCGAGUUCAAAAGAGAUUCGAUCGAGAGUUGAGAAGAACAACAGAAACUCGUAAUAAUUCUACUCAACAACCAACUAAGGAUCAAAUAAAAAGAGAAGCAACAAGAUUGGCAAGAGAAAAGAAGAGAUUGGCUCGAGAGGAAAAACGAGAUGUAAAAGCUGGUGUGAAACCUGUGACGGAUCAAGAUUUGAAGCAAAUAAUUCAACAACAGAAAAAGAAGAAGAAACAAAUUCAACAGACCAUGAUACCUGCGACACCUUUUGGAAGAAUUCGCCAUCAAGUGGUCAAGAAGAAUCGAAAUGGUGUUCGUGUUAAAUUCAAGUUGAGAUUGUAUGAGUGA